CGGAUCCAGUGACAAUAGCAGGAGGUGUUGCGUCAGCGCUUGUGAGUUAUUGUCGAUACUUCAUAACCAGCUAAGCUAAGAGACUAUAAGACAUAAUUCACACCAGUACUAUAAAGUAACACAAUGGUUAUAGAAGAACCCUUAAGGAAUAUGAGCCACAUGGACAACAAUUCGAGAAGAAGGUUCACAGAGGUUGUGAAUGAAGGAUUCGUCCACGAUGACAGCGCCUCUGGUGGUGAGCAAAACCAGUGUACAUCAUCAGUUUCUGCACUGGAAACGAAAUUAGAAAACAAAACAGAAUCUGCUCGACAAGUGAUAACAAUCGCCGUGGAGGCAGAGAGUCCUGGAGAUCUUGAGAGACCUGACACAGAGAGAUUUGGUCAAGAUGAGACACCUGAAUCUGACUCUGCCUGGAUGGUGGCGGUGGGAGCUUCUCUUAUUAUGAUGUUGACGGACAUGGUAGGGGCUUGCUUCAGCCUCAUCUUCCUCCCUUUAUUCCUGGAGUUGGGGACCUCCUCCUCUACAAGCGGCAGGCUCUUCAACAUCAUGGAGUUUAUGUGGAGUAUAUCUGGAUUGAUUAUUGGUCCACUGGUGAAGAGAUUCGGGUGGAGACAGGUGGCUCUAGUGUGUUCCCUCUUGAUCACGUCCUCCUUCAUCAUCUCCUCCUUCGCUACCUCCGCCUGGUUCCUCCUCUUCUCCUUCUCCAUCCUGGCAGGGGUGAGCUGUGGAAUUGUCAACAACCUGUGCCUCCUCAUCAUCCCUCACUACUUCAAGCAGAAGAGGGGAGUUGCCAAUGCUUUCAUGAUGGCCGGCUCCAGCAUAGGGCAGAUGGUUGGACCCAUUCUUAUAAGCUCCGUGCAUGAUGAGUUUGGUUUCAUCGGUGGUACGUUCAUCGUGGGUGCUGUUGUCCUUCACUGCUGCGUCGGCGCCUCACUCUUCCGUCCCAUUCAGGUUCACACGAGACUCAGACAAGAUUCCACGAAAACAAAAGAUUGGGAACCAUCAGCAAAAAAUACUGAAAAUACAGUUAAUAAAAGUACAUGUAAGGUCUUAACAGAAGCAUUCGUAAGUAUUUGUCAUGAUGUUGUGGCAAACUUCUCCAUCCUAAAGUCCCUGCGAGCUAUCAUCAUCGCUUUGGGAGGGAUGCUUUUCGUCAACACUUUUCUCAACUUCCUAACCUUGGUUCCCUUUGCAGUAGAAGCAGCGGGUCACCCUGGCCAGGUAACCAACUGGCAUUUCAUGGUGUCGGCUGCUUGUAACUUGGUGGCUCGUCUUGUGGUGUGUUUACUGUCAGACUUCUCGAGGUUCAGCAUGCAGGUCUGUUUCAUGACCAGCGCCGCCAUCACUGCCUUAUCCAUCCUCGCGUAUAGUGUGGUGGCAGACACGUGGUGGCAGACGCUGAUCAUGGGCGCGUUUGGGUGUGGCGUGGGCGGCUAUAUGGGCAUCUAUAACCUGGGUGCUGCUCACUUCAUGGGACUUGAUGACAUGGCUCCAACUAUGGGAGUGAAACUACUGCUCACUGGUGUUGGCUUCGUCACCAUUGGCCCCUCCAUUGGUAUGAUCCGGGACGCGAGUGGCAGUUACGCCGUUAGCAUGUGGGUGUUGGCCGGGAUGACUGGCGGCAGCUUCACUCUCUGGGUCUUCAUGCCGGCCGCCGUCCGUUACGACCACAACAAGAAUCAUAAACACCUCCCCCCCCUAUGAAGCCUCGCCCUAAUGUAGUUUAGAUCCUGUCGAGGUCCUAGAAAAUGUUGUUGAUUAUAAAAAAUAAUAUUAUAAUCAUUCUAGGUAUUCAGUUCCCCAAGGCUGACUUUGUGAGGUUGUAAUACAAGAUCAAUACAUAGUUUCUACCAGCUGUGAGUCUUACUUCCACCACCUACCCCUUCAUCAACUACCAACUGCACCAACACACAUGAACCAGUAUAAAAUAACCCUUACUGAUGUGUUGUGUCUUUUUACAGUGACUAAUUCCAGUUUGAAUUAACCAGAGGUACAACUUAUGACACCCAGACCUACUGAUGACACCUAUGACACCCAG